AGGAAGGAAGAUACACGCAUUCUCUCUCCCUCCGUCCGUGAGAGAGAGAGAGAGAUAGAGACAGAGAAAGAAAGAAAUUAAAAGUGAGAUAAGGAAGAAAGCUAAGAUGUAAUUAAAGAGAGUGAAAUGCAGUCUUUAAUAACACUUUGUAACUCUAAAAGAAAGAAAGAGAAAAAGAGAGAUAGAGAGAUCAAUUAUUCCACGUUAUACCAAUGCAGUGAAUGGAUUUAUUGGUAAUUAAGGAGAGAGAGAGAGAGAGUGGAAAUAUUGCCGCUGUUAUUUUCACCGCAAGGACUCUGUGAAAAUAUUUGAGUUUAUUUAAUGAUCUUGUUCUGCUUCCUCGCCGAUUCUGUCAUUAAGAGGUUGCCAUGGUGAAGUACGAGGACGAGACGUACAGCUUCCGGCUGGUGGCGGCGGCGGAGGAGGGGCGCGGCACGCUGAGUGACUGCGGCUCCACUGUGUCCUCCAAGCAGCGCAUCGACUCACUCUUCAGGGACCGCCGCCCUCGCCACACCCUCGCGCCCACGCCGCCCCUCCACCCGGUGCGAGCGGAACUGGAGCGUAUGUUCGGGGGGCGCGACCAGCGGCAGCGCGCCUUCCAGGACGUGCGCGCCACCGUGCAGGCACAGAUUGAGCGGCUGUUUGCCGAUGCCUCCAGCGAGCCGCUAUUGCCCCGCAAGGACAAGGCGCCGCUGCCCCAACUGUCGGCCGCUGCCCCACCACUGCCCGCACCACGACCUCCACCCCCUCCAGCCCCUCCAGGCCCUGACGUCACACCCAGCCAUUGUGGCCGACCCUCCCCCGCCCUUCCAAUCCCACACCCUUCCCCUCCCGUCCCCUCCCCAUCCCCACCGCCACAGACCCCCUCUCCUCCUCCCCACACGCCGUCCCCUCCCCUGCACCACACGACCUCCUCGGGGCGCGACACUCCCUCCCCCACCGUGCCUGACCUCAGCUAUGCCGUGGACUACCUUGGGGCGGCCGUGGUGGACGGGCGUGCCAGCAGUCUGGGGGCGCUGCAGGAGCCCCUGCGGGACCUGUACUACCAAUACCGCGCAGCCGUGGCGCGGGGCGAGGCGCGGCCAGGGGCGGGGCACCUGCACAUCACGGCGGAGGGCCUGGCGGUGACGCGGGAGGACGGCCGCCGCCUGCUGGCCAACCCCUUCCCCACCAUCGCUGUGUGGGCGGCCGUCAAGCUCGUGACGCGCCGCACUCAGGGUGGCGCCGCGCCCGCCACGCACCCCUACCACUACGCCUUCCUGCCGCUCAUCAGCGACCCAGAAGCGCAGGACAAGGGCGAACUGUUCCACCCCCUGAGGGUGCCGCAGCCCGCUCUGCUGGCCAGCCGCGCCCACCAUCCGCCCAUGCUGGCCUGUGUCAUGCGCCGCGUGGGCGUGCCGCGCCUGCUGGAGUGCCACGCCUUCGUGUGCCGCUCGGCCGAGGACGCCAUUGUGAUCGCCGCCAACCUGUACCAAGCGUUGCUGCGCGGCAUGGGCGGCAGCAGCCCGCCCUCACGCCCACCCUCUGACCCGCCCUCAGACACGUACAGCGACAUGCCGCAGGACGACUCCCGUGCAGUGUUCAGCGACAGCGAAGCCGUGCCCGUGCGUCCACCGCGUAGGAAACGCGCUUCUCGGGCCUCGCGGCGUGGGGCUCCGUCAGGCAGCCUGCGUCGCUCCACCAGCGAGGACAUGCUGGGCGGCGGGCGUUACCUGCGCGCCAGCCAGCGUGCCAGCCAGCGGCGGUUGCGGCGGUCAAUCAGCGAGCGGGAAGGGCUGGGCGUGAGCGUGGGUAGCGCCGUGGUGGGCGGUGGUGACGUGUACACCAGGGUGGCGCUGCCACGCUCCCGCUCCUUCAUGAGCGUGAGUGACAAGUACUGCCUGGCGGAGCUGGUGCCGGAGUCAGCGCGGGACAAGGUGGCGGACGAGGUGCUGAGGCAGGUGGUGACGCCGCGCGGAAUGUCCUUCAGCGAGAUGGAGCCCGGCCAGCGCGAGGCGCUGCUAAGCCUGGCGCUCACUAUGUCCCGCGACGAGAUGUACCAGCGCUCCAAGAGCAUCCUGCGCCAGCACACCCGCGGCAGCGGCAGUGGCAGCGGCGGUGGCGGAACAUACUCUGAGGGCGAGUGGUCGUCCUCCACGCUGGGCUCGGUGCUCAAGGCCACCAAACGCUCCUUCUCCCGCUUGGGCUCGCGCGCCUCCACGCUGCAGUCCACCUAUUUGAGGGACAAGAAGCUGCCGCUGCGCCGCCUGGUGGUGCCCGCCAAGGGCCGCCAUGCCCCCGACAGGGUCGGUUCGCGCAACGGGGUUCCCAAGACGCCCAUGCCGCGGCGUGGGGCGUCCCGCUCCGGCGGCGACCAGUCCUGCAGCGAGUGUGGCUACGACAGCGAGUGUUCCAGCAAGUGUUACUGCUCGCUGCCCCGCAGAGGCGCACCAGCCGCCAAGGGUGCCAACGACAGCGGCGGCAGCGGCUGCACCAGGAGUGUGGGAGGCAACAGCAGCGGGGGCAGCGGUGGAUUGCAGCUGACGUGUGAGUGUGACACAGAGAGCUGCGCGGAAAGCGAGAAAUGCUACUGCUCCCUCCGCAGGGUGCGGCAGGACGGCCUGCGCCUCUACGCCAUCGACCUGGACUCCGAGACGGAUGUGGCCAGCUUGGUAGCCCCGCGCGGCCAGGACUCGCCGCCCAGCCUGUGCAACGGAAGAAGUGACUCCCGCGCCGCCUCUUGGAAGAGAUCCACCAGCUCUCUCAACGGCGGCGGCUCCUCGCCGGGCACCGCCACUCCGCUCCGCCACUCGCCCUCCUCAGGGCGCUCCACGGACUCUGAGACGCCGCGCCGCGCCGCGCCACCUCCGCCCCUCAUAUCGCCCAGGCGGCGUCGGCGGAACCUCUCCGGCUCUCUGGGAUCGCGCGGCUCGCGAGGGUCGUCACGGGGGUCGUCGCGAGGGUCAUCGCAGGGGUCGGCCAGCAAAAUUCUGCUGGUGUCGGCGGUGGACCCGAGCGGCCGCGUGGUGUACCGCGGCGCGUCGCAGCGGCAGCAGCACCACCGCCAGGAAGGCGACACCGCCUCCAUCCUCUCCAUGAAGAAGACAGCGGAGAUCGCGGCGCUGUUCUCAGAGCUCAAGCUGAGCCAGACCACCGACCUGCUACAGUCCGACCACCACCACCACCACCACCACAACGGCAAUAGUAACAGCCACCUGCACCGCCGCGACCACCACACAGACACCGACGACCACCACGACGACGACGACGACGACGACUACUCCACCAUGGCCGCCAAUAACUCAUUCCUCUUCUCAGACAACAUCGAGACCUCCCUCGGCUACCUACCAUAGGAAACCCACCCCUUCCACAGACCCCACACCCCUCAACUCCUCCCCUCCCCAAUACUCCCCAACCCCAGACACAAACACCAUCCCAUGCACCGUCUCCCGUAAAGCUUCUCAGUUUUCCCAGGUAAUUUGUACAACACCUGGCGAGCGUGGCCACUGCUCUCCCCAUCCUCCUCCUCUCCACACACACACACACACACACACACACACACACACACACACACACACACACACACACACACACACACACACACACACACACACACACUGACUCAUCACCACGUACACCGUCAUCACAAUUUCUCAGCUUAACACACACGCAAAGAAAAAGGAGAGAAAAAAAGGGUGACAAAAAGCAGCCUCGUUUUGAAUAUGAAUUUCCGUGAGUGAAUAAGAAAAAAAAGUGUAAUUAACUCAUUAUGUGAUACUUACUCUCUC